AUGGAUCCCCAAGAACUGAGUCUCGUUGCCCUUGCUCCCAAUGUCAGCAGCUCCCAGGCCCCAGGGAGGAGCAGCACGCCAGGUGGGAGGAGAAGAAAGGACUGGUCCUGGUCGCUCAUCGUGGCCUCGCUGGUGGGCGCCUUCGGUUCAUCCUUCCUCUAUGGCUACAACCUGUCAGUGGUGAACGCCCCUAUGCCGUACAUCAAGGCCUUUUACAAUGAAUCCUGGGAAAGACGGUAUGGACAUCCCAUAGAGUCGGACACUCUGAUGCUGCUCUGGUCUGUGACGGUGUCCAUCUUCGCCAUCGGUGGACUCGUGGGGACAUUGAUGGUGAAACUGAUUGGAAAGGUUCUUGGGAGGAAGUACACUUUGCUGAUCAACAACGGAUUUGCAAUUACUGCGGCAUUACUGAUGGCCUGUUCUCUCUGGGCAGGGGCCUUUGAAAUGCUCAUCGUAGGUCGCUUCAUCAUGGGUGUGGAUGGAGGCAUCGCCCUCAGUGCACUCCCCAUGUACCUAGGUGAGAUCUCACCCAAGGAAAUCCGCGGCUCUCUGGGGCAGGUGACUGCCAUCUUCAUCUGCAUUGGUGUGUUCACUGGACAACUUCUGGGCCUGCCUGAGCUGUUGGGAAAGGAAAGCACCUGGCCAUACCUGUUUGGAGUGAUUGUUGUCCCCGCCAUUGUCCAGCUGGUGAGCCUGCCCUUUCUCCCCGAGAGCCCACGCUACCUGUUUUUUGAGAAGCAUGAUGAGGAGGGGGCAAUGAAAGCCUUCCAGACAUUCCUGGGCAAAGAGGACAUAUCUCGAGAAAUGGAGGAGGUCCUGGCAGAGAGCCGUGUUCAGAGGAACAUCCAGCUGGUAUCUGUCUUGGAGUUGCUGAGAAGCCCCUACGUCCGAUGGCAGGUCCUCACUGUGGUCAUCACCAUGGCCUGCUACCAGCUGUGUGGCCUCAAUGCGAUUUGGUUCUACACCAACAGUAUCUUUGAAACAGCUGGGAUCCCUUCAGAAAAGAUCCCAUACAUCACCUUGAGCACAGGCGGUAUUGAGACUUUGGCUGCCAUCUUCUCUGUAAGUACAUUGAAAACACUCACUUCAGGGACCCCAG